AUGGUAUUUAUUUUAUCUAUUCUUUCGUUCAAUUCAACCAUUUAUAUAGUUUCUGUGCCUGAGGCGGCGAAUGACGAUGAUUUGGAGCUGGAAAGGCAGUUGAAGAUUAUGAACAAACCACCUAUUAAGACAUUUGUGACAAAGGAAGGAGAUAUCAUCGAUUGCAUUGAUAUUAAUAAACAACCAGCACUCGAUCAUCCUCUACUGAAGAAUCACAGAGUUCAGGUAGAACCAAAGUUAAAUUUCAAUGGCUUUGGUAAGUCUUCUCCAAACACAAAAUCUGUGCAAUUUGGAUCAAGAGAACCUUGUCCUGUUGGAACAGUGCCCAUCCCUCGGGUGGUUUCUUUGAAAGACAACUUGAAUUUUGUCAUUAAAUUUGGAUGUCAUGGGACGACAUCAGUCUACAAGCUAACCGUUGCUCAAGGCCAAUCAAGCUCGCAUAAUAUGUGGAUUCAAGCUGGUCCUACGGAUCAUAUCAGUAUGAUUAUAGCCGGUUGGAUGGUUUCCCCACGACUAUAUGGUGAUGCCGUAUCUCGAUUGUUCACUUAUUGGACGGGCAAUGGCUUUCGAGAUGGGUGCUUCAACAUAUUGUGCCCCGGCUUUGUUCAGGUGGAUAGGGAAGUGACCACCAAUUAUCCUUUGCAUCCUACUUCUACUUAUGGUGGUCCACAAUAUGUGCUUGGAAUACGAGUCGAUCAAGACAACACUACUGGGAAUUGGUGGCUGCUUUGUGAUGGAGACCAACCGGUCAAGGUGGGUUAUUGGCCCAAAGAGUUGUUCUUAAAUUUACGAAACGGCGCAGAAUACACAGCUUGGGGAGGAAUCGGACUUGCAGACAGCAAUGGAGUUUGUCCUCCUAUGGGAAGUGGACACAAGCCCGAUGGUAAUUACAGGCACGCCGCAUUCUUUGAGAAGCUCCAAUCUGUAUGCGGCACACCCGGUGGCAACGCCUCACCUCCUUCGGUGGUUACUUCUGAGUGGGUUGAUAAAUCCAACGUCUAUGGUUUCAAGAACGACCACUUUGUUGAAGGAAUGGGCUACACGAUCAACUAUGGAGGUCCCGGAGGUUCUUGCAGAGGAUAA